AUGAUCCGCCAACUGUGGCUGUACACGCUGCAGAACACGCAGUUCGUUGUGACGACGCUCACAGCGUACUUCAUCCUGCGCAUUCGGACGGCACAUUCGCUGUACUUUGGCGCCGGGACACUCGUUGCUGCUUUUACCGCCAAGAUCUUGAAGCGCUUCAUUCGACAACCUCGACCGGCCGGCGCGAAGAAGUACGAGAAGACGUACGGGAUGCCCUCAACGCACUCUUCCUCCAUCGCCUUCUUCGGCACCUACCUCUCCCUCUCCUCCCUCUUGCUCCCACUCCACCCGCGCGUCACUUCCCUCCUCCCCUUCUGGAACCGCUUCUCCAACCUUGCGACCACUCGGGGGCUUGGCGCCGCUCAAAACUCCUUUUGGCGACAUAUGGCCGGCGAGUGGGGCCAGCGGGUCACUCGAAUCGUGCUCGCCCUUUGCUUCCUCGCGGGAACGGCGAGCGUCUGCUGGAGCCGCGUUCGCCUAGGCCAUCACACCAAAGCGCAGGUCAUCGCGGGCGCGAGUCUCGGGUCGACGAUUGCGCUCGCUUGGAUGACUCUGUGGUUGGGACUCGACGGCUGGAGCACGUUGAGCGGGAAGGACCUGGAAAACGUAGUGGCAGGAUUCGCAGGCGGAGCGGGGAAAGCCGUCCCGACCUGGCUGAUUCACGGCGUCAAAGAGCCGGCAAUUGUGUGGGAACGGGCUGCCGAGGAUGCGGCGUUUGUUGCCCUUGAGGCGUGGGAGACGCGGCGGUGGGAAGGGCUGAAAGAGUUGCGGUACUUAUUCCCGCUCAUCCGGCGCGGUGCGGGCGGCGAGUUGUAG